AAAAAAUGAAAGACUGAAUAAAUGAGGGAAGAAAAGAACAUGCCAUUAAAGCCCAGCGGAUCUUCCUCGAGGUCAGUAAUGGCCUCCCUGGGCUCUCUCUCAUUUCUCUUCUCCAAUUCCAAACCCCAUUCCUUCCUUCCCUCAAACCCUAAUGCGAACAGUAGACUACGCCUCUCUCGAACCCAUAUCCUCAAUUUCUCUGCGAAUUCGGAUCAGAAGAAUGRGCUCAGCGAUUCGCCAGUCUCUGAGAAGAAAUCCUUCGCGGUGGCCACGGGAGAGCUCUUCCUUGGGCUAGCGUCGAGGUUUAUAAGGAGGAGUAACUCUAAUGGAGAUGGAGAUUCUGUUUCGGUCCCAGUUACGAUGUUCAGAGACGCCGAGAAUUCGAAACAGGAGGCGUACUUGUCGGGGCGGAGGGGGAGAAUUGCGACGGUUGUGGAGGACACAAUUGAACCGGCGAUCAUUUGGGAGCAGCGGGUGAAGGACGUGAAGGCGGAGAGGGAUCGUAGACAGAUUACGAGCCCUGGGUUUAGCUUCUCUGCUGCUGGACUUCUCUUCCCUUAUCAUCUAGGUGUUGCUCAGUUCCUUAUAGAGAAAGGAUAUAUAAAGGAAACCACACCAUUAGCUGGUUCCUCAGCUGGUGCUAUUGUCUGUGUGGUGAUUGCCUCUGGAAGCAGCAUGCAAGAGGCCCUAAAAGCUACCAAAUUACUGGCUGAAGAUUGCCGUCUUAGAGGAACUGCAUUUCGCCUUGGGGUUCGUGUUUGUGCUUUCCCAGCUGAUAGAUUGGGAUUGAAAGGAAUUGGGAUUAGUCCAGAUUGCAACCCAGAGAAUAGGGCUAGCCCCAGAGAGCUUUUUAAGUGGGCAUUGGAGCCAGCAGAAGAUUAUGUUCUUGACAGGCUAUUUGAGCUUGGAUAUCUGGAUGCGGCUGUAUGGGCAGAGCAGAAUUCAGUGGAUAAAAUAGUGGAACAUGAAAACAACCCCAACUAAAUCUUGGAUUCUUCUGUACCUCAGCAUUCCUGGUCAAUGARGACCUGGAAGAAGAUAGGAUCUGAUCUCUGGGUGACUAAUGCAAUUCCUGGAUCCUGGUAUUUCACAUUGAAGUAAAGGGAGUACAGGGAGAAUUCUGAUCCAUAUUGCAAGAUUAUGCCAAUGGCGUCUACUGACCUUUGGAGCCUGUUCUUGGAUUGGCUUUUAGAUCUUCAGCAGAAAAAGAGUCAACCCUGGAAAUACAUCAUGGAGCUAUAGAUGGUUGGCCAUAUUAAGCAGUAAAAGAAAGAAGAAGAAAGAAAUAGGACUGAGAACUUAGAAUGAGAUUAUAAAAUUAAAUUUUGUAAAAAAAACUUCA